CCUUCAGCAAGGACGCACAGCUCACACAAUCCCUUCGAAGGACAUCGACUUGCCGAAAGGCCUGCCACAACAUUCCCAGACACUGAAGGUCCUGUAAGCGCCUGUAAAGUUUUUACAUUCAGCUUACAUAAAUGCUAGAGGACGCUGAAAGCAACAAAAAAUACAGAGCGCUAGAAACGCUAAUUAGCCAGAAAUGUUAGCCAAGUUUUCAAGUCGGUAUUUUCGCGCUUGAUUUUUUGCGACCGCAAGAGUUUUACUCGUUUGUGUGUGAGUGACGCCCGAUUUUUUGUUGGUCCUUUUUUUUUCUGUUGGUGUCUCACCGAGUGCCGUUUUAAACCAAUAUACUAGAGACCCACUAGCGUACUAGCUAAUACAUAUUAACUUGUUGUGCCAGCAGUCUGUGUGUGUGCCAGCCAGCCCGCUUCUGAGUGCAUUUUCAUUAAAGUCAACAAGUUGCAGCCGCAUAAGGUCAAAUAAAAGCAGCCAGAGCCAAAAUGAUGGCGACGUCGCAGGACUAUUUUGGCAACCCGUACGCCCUCUUCCGCGGCCCGCCCACAACUUUGAGGCCCCGCGAGUCGCCGCUGGGCGUGGGCCACCCCCACGGCCAUGGGCACAUCCACAGCCACGCCCAUGCCCACGGCCACGGCCACGCCCACUCGCAUUAUGCGGCCUUGGACUUGCAGACGCCGCACAAGCGGAAUAUCGAAACGGAUGUGCGGGCACCGCCGCCGCCAUUGCCGCCACCACCGCUUCCGCUUCCGGCCGCAUCCCCUAGGUACAACACUGACCAAGGAGCGAUGGACCAGCAAUUCUGCUUGCGCUGGAACAAUCAUCCCACAAAUCUGACCGGCGUGCUCACCUCACUGCUGCAGCGGGAGGCGCUAUGCGAUGUCACGCUCGCCUGCGAGGGCGAAACAGUCAAGGCUCACCAAACCAUACUGUCAGCCUGCAGUCCGUAUUUCGAGACGAUUUUCCUGCAGAACCAGCACCCACAUCCCAUCAUCUACUUGAAAGAUGUCAGAUACGCAGAGAUGCGCUCGCUGCUCGACUUCAUGUACAAGGGCGAGGUCAACGUGGGUCAGAGUUCGCUGCCCAUGUUUCUCAAAACGGCCGAGAGCCUGCAGGUGCGUGGUCUCACAGAUAACAACAAUCUGAAUUACCGCUCCGACUGCGACAAGCUGCGCGAUUCGGCGGCCAGCUCGCCCACCGGCCGUGGCCCGAGCAACUACACCGGCGGCAUGGGCGGCGCUGGGGGCGUGGCCGAUGCGAUGCGCGACUCCCGCGACUCCCUGCGCUCCCGCUGCGAGCGGGAUCUGCGCGACGAGCUGACGCAGCGCAGCAGCAGCAGCAUGAGCGAACGCAGCUCGGCGGCAGCAGCGGCGGCGGCGGCAGCAGCAGCGGUUGCAGCUGCAGGCGGCAAUGUCAAUGCGGCCGCCGUCGCCCUGGGCUUGACCACGCCCACCGGCGGCGAACGAUCUCCGAGCGUGGGCAGCGCCAGUGCAGCGGCAGCGGCUGCGGCGGUAGCAGCGGCCGUGGCAGCGGCCGCCAAUCGAAGUGCCAGCGCCGACGGAUGCAGCGAUCGGGGAAGCGAGCGCGGCACCCUCGAGCGGACGGAUAGUCGCGAUGAUCUGUUGCAGCUGGAUUAUAGCAACAAGGAUAACAACAACAGCAACAGCAGUAGUACCGGCAACAACAACAACAACAACAAUAAUAAUAACAACAACAAUAGCAGCAGCAACAACAACAACAAUAGGGAGCGCCACAACAGCAGAGAGCGCGAACGGGAGCGGGAAAGAGAGCGCGAGCGUGAGCGGGACAGGGACAGGGAGCUGUCCACCACGCCGGUGGAUCAGCUGAGUAGUAGUAAGCGCAGACGUAAGAACUCAUCAUCCAACUGUGAUAACUCGCUGUCCUCGAGCCACCAGGACAGGCACUACCCGCAGGACUCUCAGGCCAACUUCAAGUCGAGUCCCGUGCCCAAGACGGGCGGCAGCACAUCGGAGUCGGAGGACGCCGGCGGUCGCCACGACUCGCCGCUCUCGAUGACCACCAGCGUCCACCUGGGCGGCGGUGGGGGCAAUGUGGGCGCGGCCAGUGCCCUCAGCGGCCUGGGCCAGUCCCUGAGCAUCAAGCAGGAGCUGAUGGACGCCCAGCAGCAGCAGCAGCAUCGCGAACACCAUGUGGCCCUGCCGCCCGAUUACUUGCCGAGUGCCGCCCUGAAGAUGCACGCGGAGGACAUGUCGACUCUGCUGACGCAGCAUGCUUUGCAAGCAGCAGAUGCGCGGGAAGAGCACAAUGAUACCAAACAGCUGCAGCUGGAUCAGACGGACAAUAUCGACGGCAGCAGCGCCCGCCACCACCUGUCGACCCCCCUGUCGACCUCGUCGUCGGCCUCGCCCCCGCCGCCCCCUUUCGGGAUGCACCUGUCGGCGGCCCUGAAACGCGAAAUAUAUCCGAUGCACUACAUCGCCGCCGCCGGCAAUGGUCACAAUGGCCCACAGGCGCAUGGCUUCAAUCCGGUAUCGGGCAAUACGCCGAAUAGUGUGGGAGGAGGAGCGUCGGGAGGAGGAGGAGGAGGAGCUGGAGUCGGAGGAGCAGCUGGAGCCGGGGGAGCAGCCGGAGCAGCUGGCCAUAAUUCACAUCACACCAUGUCGUACCACAACAUGUUCACGCCAUCCCGCGAUCCGGGCACCAUGUGGCGUUGCCGAUCCUGCGGCAAGGAGGUGACCAACCGCUGGCACCACUUCCACUCCCACACCGCCCAGCGGUCCAUGUGUCCCUACUGCCCGGCCACCUACAGCAGGAUCGAUACGCUGCGCUCCCACCUGCGGGUCAAGCAUCCGGACCGCCUGCUCAAGCUCAACUCGUCCAUUUAAGGGCGUGGCCGGGGCCCCCAGGCAGCCCAUCAUCGCCAGCUUUACCAGCAGCAGCAGCAACAGCAGCAACACCUGCAACAGCAACAUCAGCAGCAGCAACAGCAACAUCCGCAACAGCAGCAACACCUGCACCAGCAACAUCAGCAACCAGCUUACUACAUCAGCAACUAUAGCCACAUCAGCAGAAGAUACAGCUACAGCGAGAAUCUAAUGUAAAUCGCUGCAGCCCUAGGUGGAUUUUUUCUUGCAUUUAGUCGUCGUCUGUACAUUACCCACUAGCUAUCCGAGCAAUAACAAUAACCCAAAAUAACUAGUAGAACCGAAGAUGCUAUGGCAUACAUAUACUAUAUAUUGAUAAUCUUAACUAUAAACUAUUGGUAAACUUUGACACAAUCGUCCCAUCAAUUUAUAAAUGUGUAUAACUGAAGAGAGUUAGGAAAAGGUUUCAGUUGCUAAAAAAGGAGGAGGAGAAGGAUAUGUACCCUAUAUAAAGCAGGGAAAGCAGCGAAGGCAGAACAAACCGUUUCGAAGGUUUCUAAAUGUUGUUUCCUACAAAACUAAACUACACAAAUAAAUAACUACACUAAUGAUAGAGAGAGAAGGUCGAAGGAAACGAGAUUCGGUCAGUGGCUUGGGGUCACCAAGACGCCGCCGAUGGGGUCACCAGGAGGAGGAGGAGGAGGAGGAUCAGCCAACACAGCAACAGUCACCCACAACUACAACUACUACUCAUACGAAGGUCACAUUAGGUUUUAGUUUAUCCUAGCUCGUAGUCUUAACCAAUAUGUUCUGCAGAGUAGGCAACGGAUGAGGGCUACUCAACCAACUACAAAGAAAUUUUCAUAUACCUCAAAUGCAUUUCAGUUUUAUUGUUGAUUGCUUAAUUUUAGUCUACGUAGACCGUUAGCACUUAUUCGUAAACUACCCCAUAUAUAUAUAAUACAUACGUUAUUUUAAUCGGUUCCAAUAGUUUACCCAUGUUUUCCUCUGUUUUUAUUUUCUUUAGUAAUGUUUCCCCACAAUUCUGAUUUUGUCCUAUGCGUUAAGUUAAAGUUUCUAGGAUUAGCUCGAACCACUUGAACCACCUCACUUUUUUGUUAAGCUUGUUUAUAUUUAUGGUCAAAUGUUUAUUUAGUUAAAGUACACUAAAACAUAUAUAUUAAAACCGGAAGGAGAAACGAAAGUUAGUUGAUAUGAGGGCUAUACAAGAAAAAUAAUCAUAUCACAAAAAUCUAAAAAAAAAUGAUUGGAAAAUUCUAUAAAAAUUACAUUUUAAAUUGCUUAAUUGUCUGCUAAAUUGGCAAGAAAUUGGAAGAUUUCGUUAUAAUUUUUAAUCGACUAUCUUGGCCUUUGAUUACCAUAACCAAAACGUCCCCGCAGAGACGGCAAAAGUAAUUAAUUUUAAACAUUUUGUGAUAGACAAAAUUAUGUUUCGGCACAAAAUAAAUUUAGAAAAAAUAUCUAUAAAAAAGCAAAAUAAAAUUAAAUGUGAUAUUUUCGGCACAAAACUUUACAUGAAAGCUAAAAGAAAAAAAUAACAAAAAAAAGAUAAAGUAUUGCAGGGGCUAAGCACCAUUUGGCUAAGGUCGCUGGCCCUUUGCAUAUUUAUUUAGAAGAUUUUUGUUAUAGCGUUAUUCAAAAUUGUUAUCUUUCGGUCCAAAGCACAAAAUGUAUAAAAUUACUUUCUAGUUAUUCUAUAAACCUACUUUUACUUUAACUUUAAAAUCCUACUUGAUUUCCUAAUUUUAAGUUACGUGCAUGUGCGUGUGUAUAUGUGAAUUGGAAAAUAUGUACACACAGAGAUCAUAAUUUUAUUUAGUUUUACGUUGAUUGAGUUGAUAAACUUUAAGCCAAUAAACUACCGCAAAAUUCAGAAAACAACAAAACAAGAACAGCACAGAUGUUAAGGCAAACCACUACUACACACAGAUUUAUGUACCAAAAAUGUAAUAAAUAUGAAAUUAUAUGAAAAACACAAAAACCAAGCAGCGAGAAACCAAAAGAAAACUAACUAGAGAAAGCUGAGAGGAGACCAGCUGGAUUUUUCUAACCUUUUUUCCAAACAUAAGCCUAAAUCGUAAAUGAAAUAUUUUUAUACAUCCAUCUUGUAAUCGAAAUCGGUCGAUCGAAAGGAGAGCUACUCAAGAUCUCGGCCAGAAGGGGUUGCUCUGUGGAAUCUCGGCUCUGGGAUUUUAAUUCCGGAUCUCAUACGACUCCACGUUCGUCACAACAGCGAGUUGUAACUUAUUUUUUGCUCUACAGUUACAAACUCAAUUAAUCAAUAUGCAAGUAAAAAUUGUGGCGGUGCCCAAAUCAUGGCACACAUCACAACAAUGAAAAAUAUUAUUAACAGUUUUUCGUCGUCUACCAGUUUAAAUAAAUCAAUCCAUAAAGAUCUAUAUAUAUAUAUCAAGCAAAAAUAUAUAUAUUUCAAAUUUAUUCAAAUUAAAUCAAAAUAUAAUUCACUAGCAGCAUUUAAAUGUCAAGCGAA